AUGGCUCUGCCUCGAGCUUUACCAGCAACUCUGGGCGUCGUUGCAGUUGUGGCGACGGCUGCCUUGUUGGUCGUUCACAUCAUUCUCGCUCAAUCAACUUCAAGUUUGUCAAUGCCAACGCAAGUCACGGCUACUUCCAUAGUAGCCUCGGUAUUUGAGGCUUGCGUCCUUCUGGUUCUCUGUUGGCUUUCUUUCCUCUACAUUCAUAUCGGUACUAAGGACCCCUUCGAAGCCCAUAAUCUCUUGUGGUUCAGUAUCAUUGCAACGUUCGUCACGGUCGCUGGAGUGGUCUCGGCGGUUACAGUAGCCAGCCUUCACAACGCAACCUCCUCUCUGGCAACUGGUAUUCUCGGGCCUGAGCCCAUGUCGUUGGUGAUCGGCAGCUCAGUCGUCCUUGGAGUCGCAUUCACCACGCAAACCGUAUUUCUCAUCGUUCAUUUUUUCAUUGUCAAAAUCUACGGUGUCGCAUGCGGCUCGGACGUUGAAGCUGGUGGUCGUCGGCCGAUCAUGGCCCAGGUCAAGUCAAUUCCUUACAGCCAAACCAGCCCGGCCCCUUCUCGGGCUCGAGGCGGUUCGGUGAGCUCUAGGACCCCUCCUGGAUCGAGCGGCGGUCGCUCUACUACCGAAACCAUGUGCUCAGUUCGCUCCUCGUUGUCGCACGCUGUAAGGCCAACAACCUCUAGGACGAGACUGAUCUCCAGCAGUCAACGAUCGAGUCGCCGACCGGAGUCACUCGACCUGAAUGCGAUCAAGGACAGGUCUAGUACCAAUGAAGACUCCUUCGAAACCUGGGACCUAUCUGUAGUCGACCAACAUAAUCGUCAAAUAUCGCUGCAAACAACGGGCAGCAGCAUCAAAGGUGGCCACUUCCUCGAGACCAUACCCGCGAGUCCAACGAUAAGCCGGAGUUCAAGUCCUGGUACGCCACUAGACCUGGAGCCUCCACGUCGGCCUCGCAGGACCCGCAGCUUCAGCCCCAUGUCAGAGCAUGGUCGGCUAUCCGCAGGACUCACACAACACGUCAAUGCCAGCGAAUCGCAUAUUCACCCUCUAUUCCGCUCAGAUUCGCCGACGCCGCCGCCGAUCGCCAAGCCCGGUACUGUGGUUACUGCAGCCCCAAAUGCCGGACAGAUCGUCGCGCCAAGUGUCCAGGGGAUCCGAAGGAUACGUAGCGGCAGCUUACCGCAAGUACCAAGCCCUCUCAGUCGACAGGGUAGCUUUGAGGAGUUUUCUCGCGCGAUGCAGCGAGACUCUCUUCGUGAGGAAGAUGAAGAGGAUGAGCCGGAGCAGGCAGAGGGUGACAAAACAUCACAGCCUAGCUCACCAGAAUCGGAAGAUGGCAAGCUGACGCCACCAAUCCCCGAUUGGAUCAUGACUGCUGGAGCCAGGACCUCACUUUACGGUUACAACAGCCGUAGGGCGAGCAGUAGGAGGACACAAAGCAGGGGGAAGGAUGAGGAAGAGGACAUGCCUACUCGGCAGUCAUAA